GAAUUUGAAGCUGUUUAUAGAGGUUUUAUUGAUAAAAUAGUUCUUAUAAAACAAGUAAAACAAACUAAUAUAAAAAAUAAUUUGGACGUUUCAAAUUUUAGUUUUACUCGGUUUACUUGUAAUCUAUAAAAACUAAAAUUGUGAAACGAUCUUCAUCAUAGAAUAAAAACAUUAUCACAGUAUCCAAUAUUACUUCACCCAUCUAUUCUUCCGGAUCUGUCAUGACGUCUUGGCUGAAGGGUGAACUUCUGGGACGAGGAUCGUUUGGCCCCGUGUAUGAAGGCAUUUCAGGUGAUGGAGACUUCUUUGCUGUCAAGGAAGUUUCACUACUUGAAUAUGGAAGUCAGGCACAAGAGUGCAUACAAGAACUCGAAAGGGAGAUUUCAUUACUAAGUCAGCUUCAGCAUCAGAAUAUCGUGAGAUAUCGUGGCACAGCCAAGGAUGGGUCGAAUUUGUACAUCUUUCUUGAGCUUGUAACCCAAGGUUCUCUUCUAAAACUUUACCAAAGAUACCAGCUCCCGAACUCUGUGGUGUCCACGUACACAAGACAAAUCCUUGAUGGCUUGAAAUAUCUCCAUGGAGAAGGUUUUAUCCACCGGGACAUCAAAUGUGCAAAUGUAUUGGUGGAUGCCAGUGGAGCUGUUAAGCUUGCAGAUUUUGGAUUGGCUAAGGUGUCACAAUUGAACAACAUCAAGUACUGCAAAGGGACUCCAUUCUGGCUGGCUCCAGAGGUUAUUAACCCGAAGCGUGCUAACGCGUAUGGAAGCUCGGCUGAUAUAUGGAGCCUUGGGUGCACAGUGCUAGAAAUGCUGACUCGUCAGUCUCAUUACUGUGUCUGUGUUGUAUUAGACUUUUUCAUAUUUAAGGUUCAAGCUUUGUUUAGGAUCGCAAUGGGUGAGCUUCCGAACAUACCUGAUACAUUAUCACUAGAUGCUAGAGAUUUUAUAAUUAAAUGUCUCAAAGUGAACCCGGAGGAGCGGCCAACUGCGGCUGAGCUGCUGAACCAUCCAUUUGCAUCCUCAGGCUCCAGCUGGAAAUCAGGAUCUCCGCUUGCUUCUCCAUAGACGAGGCUAAUUUGGUAGAUUGUCUACAUUGGUGAAGCUCUUGGUGUCGUUUUCACGGGAAUAAACCAGAAUCAAGAACUGUAGAUUCUAAAAUUGAUGUCCUUAUGUAUGUGAGCAGGCUAUGCAAAAUAUUUGUGUAAGAUGGAUAAGACCCCAAAGAAACUAAAAACUAUUGGCGAAACUCGAGACAUGAUUCUUCAACACACGUUUCUGAUUCA